GUCGUCACUCCGUUUCUCGGCUCAGGAGCCAGCCUGAGCGAGCGGACUUUGAGACUGGGAUCUGACUGGAAAGCAGAGGCCCGGGCGGAAGUGCGGGCGGAAGUGCAUGCGGGCGGGCGGAAGUGCGGCGGGCGGAAGCGCGGCGCGCGCGGCGAGGCCGAUAAUGAAGAUGCUCUGGUUUCAAGGAAAUACCAUGCAACUUGCCAAAUCCUCCUUUCGACUCUUCUUGAGAAAUCUCUCUGCCUCUAAGACAACUCUGCCUGUGCUGACCUUAUUCACAAAGGAUCCAUGCCCCCUGUGUGAUGAAGCUAAAGAACUACUCAAGCCUUAUAAAAACAGGUUUGUGUUACAGGAGGUGGACAUCACCCUUCCUGAAAACUCUGCGUGGUACAAGAGGUAUCAGUUUGACAUUCCUGUCUUCCAUUUGAAUGGCCAGUUUCUCAUGAAGCAUCGAGUAAACAUCUCAAAACUUGAAAAACAGCUCCUGAAACUUGAGCAGCAAGGUGCUAGAUGUUGACUCAUGCCUUCACGAUUUUCCACCCUCUGUCCAUACAGCACCUUCUCGAGGAGGUGACUGUGGCCGCAUACUCCUUUUGUCAGUUCCACAGAGCCCUAAGAAGGUUCUCAACCCAGGGACACCAUUCCUCUUCUGGUUGAUGGAAGUACCGUGUGGGAUUGUUUAUUUAUGGGCCUUCUAUAAAAUAUGAUUGUCUCGGCAGGGAGGAGGAUGACGGGAGGGGAAAACCCAUUUGUUGUAUUUGUUUUUCUCUUUUGUGUUAAUAUGGAAGUGUUUCUCAUGCGCUGGGCAGUGCUGUUUAUAGGAAGCAGGAGCUCCGAAUUCCUGCUGCUGCCCUGGAGGGCUUAGCUUUUUAAUGAAAGAAUAAGUGCUCUUCCACUCAGUAGCUAAAGUGAAAUGUGAAUCAUUAAUAAACUGUGCACAGUCAAUAAAGGGAUGUUUUAACAAAUACAUCUGCAUGAA